AUGUUUCUAAUGAUCAGAAAGUCAGAAAAUCAGAAAGAAAUUGCGGCGAUAGAUGAUCUGUCCAAACUCCCCAAGGAUGAGGAAGAGGGGAACAAGGAUAUUGUUGAUGCCGCCAUCCGUGUUGUCGAGGUACUUAAGAAGAAUAAAUAUCGUGCCAAGGUAUCCAAGAAAAACCGACUUGCGUUCCCGAAGAUGAAAUUUUAUCGUUGUCUCCGUCGAAUGACAAGACUCCGCGUGGCUGAUGCUGCUUCUGUGUUCAUGGCUGCAAUUGUGAGAUAUUUGGUGGAAGAGGUUUUUAGCCUCGCCCACGAUUGUAUGGUUCGUCAGAAGCGCAAGAGAAUAACUCCUCAACACAUUGGCAUGGGAGUGCGCAUUGAUGAUGAACUCAAAAACCGCCAACGUGAUGCAAUGCUCGCUGGUAGACCCGUACAGACAGUAAUUGAAGAAGUGGAACCGCUUAUGCAACGGUCGGCAUCGAGGAUAUCUUGCGUACGAGAACUGCCCGAUUUCCAAUCGCUCGACAAACUUCGACCAAAACGAGACGAAUCUGGAGAGAAGAUUGAGCCGCCAAACUUCAACACAAUGACAGCGGAAAACAAUCAGAGUAGUACGCAAUUGGUAUUUUACCAGUUUAGCUCCGCAUCCUGA